UGGAGGUCAAAAACAGUGAUCAUGAUGAGUUUGGUUAAACUUUUAAGAUCUCUGUGGUCAGAUCAUUUUAACCAGAAUGACUUCCAUUAUUUUUAUUGUUGAUUUGAUUUAUUUAUAAUUGGAAAUGGAGGUUCAUUUGCAAGCACCACCUGUGUGUGACUUUCAUGAUGGUGAAUCUGAUUGUGAUUUUGCCGAAAUGUUUCAUAUUUAUGAAUGUGACAGAGAUAUUUUGAACCAUCUAUAUUCUCUGCAAAGUGCAGAAAUUAUACACAAGCAUGUUUAUGAUGCCCACAAAUGCCCUGAGUAUAUGUUAAUAUUAUAUCGAAGUGGGUAUUUCACGGUUGAUAAAACCGUUCUAUCGAUGAAAAUAUGCAUAAAGCACCGUGAAGAGUUGGGGGCAAGAUGGAAAAGACCCAGGCGAACCUGUUCUUAUCCUAGUCAUCAGGGAAAGAUAAAAGCAGACAGAGGAGCCAGUCCAACGUUGUGCAAAGAACUGUGGUUAAAGACAAAACAAAUAUUACCAGUAGGGUCAGCAAUAUGCAAGAGGUGCUCAAUGGAACAUAAGAAGAAUGUCUCUCCAUCUUACAGUUUAGAGUUUGUGGAAGAACUUGAGUGGUGUGAACAAAUUUGUACAACAAUUAGAGGCAAAUGCACACAGUCAAAAAUUCAAGGUGAAUGUCUACAGUCGCACUUGGUGGAUACCCAAAUUGUUGAAAAUGAACAAGGAAUGGCAUUUGAGAUUCAGGAUAAAGACAGUGUACCAUGUUCACAAGAAAUUUUCACAGGGAGUUUAACUACAGACAUGGAGUUUGAGAUUUCCUCCACAGGUUCCUGUACCCCAUCCCUACCUUCUUCUCAGGACUGGUAUGAAAAGAACAAAACACCGAAAGAAAAACUAAAUGAAGCUUUGCAGAGACUUGCAGGAGAUCAGUUUCAACCUCUAAAGUCCCAGCUUACAAGACCUUGGUCUGAAUUAGCGAAGUCUGCAAAGUAUUACUAUAUCAGCAAGGCUAAAGAAGCUGUAAUGAUAGUUCUGUCCAUCAUUGCCCCAGGACAAGAAGACACCAUUCUUGCCAAAAUCUGUCCAACAUCUGAAAAUGAGAGCAAAGAAAUAGACAAAGCCACAAAACAGUUGAUAGAUGCCUAUCAUGCCACAUCAGACAGAAAAACACAACAGCAGAUCCUGUCAUUGUUUGUAAACAACUUUACAAAGCAAAAGCUUCUUCAGCUUAUACCAUCUCUUACACAGUCCAAAAUUGAUGCAGCUAGAAAACAUGCCUCAGUCAUAGGACCAGGACAAAUGCUGAAUCCACCAAAGAUAUACAGAGUACGUCUGACCAGACCAAAACUGCUGCAUUUUAUUGAAUAUGUAUCUAUGCCCUCAGUUUCCCAGGUUCUUGGUUUUGGUGCCACACAGCUACAUUUGUCAAGUGGAGAAAAGGUGCAGAUUCCAAAGGUCAUCAGAAAUGCUGUGAGUGCCAGAAUCAUUGCAAACUAUCAAGAGUAUUGCAAGGAAUCAGAUUUCCAAACUUUUAGCCGUGCUUCAUUGUACAGAAUCCUCAAAGCCUGUCGAGCAUCAAAAAGGAAAGCAAUGCAUGGACUUGACAACACCACAGCCCUUGGAAUGGAUGCCAUGGAGUCAUUACACAAGGUUGUGACACGACUUGGUGAAUACGGAAUGGAGACAGAGAAAAAAGAGAAUCUGAUUGACAUGAUCUUCAUCUGUAAUCAGCAUUUGAAAUUUGAUGCAAAGAGUCAUUUUAGCAGAAGUUCAUCAUGCAGUGAUCAUUGUACAAUAUAUGCCCUGAGUGAUCCAGCAGACACAUGCUUUUCAAGUAAUUGUGACCAUGAACAUUCAGACACUUGCUCUUAUUGUGUUUUGACAGACAAACUUACAGAAUGCAUCAAGGAAGCCAUGGAAACAGUUCAAAUACCAUCUGAGGAUUUGAUGGAGGAAUUGCAGCAUGAAAUUGUCAUGACCACAAAAGCCAUCAAGGACUGGAAGGCUCAUCUUCUCAGAACUGUUCAUCAAGACUUUGCAAGAUCAGAUGUCUUACAACACCUUGACCUAAACCAAGGACUACUUAUAAUGGAUUGGGCCAUGAAAUUCCUUCCUCUCCAGUACAGAGAAACACAGUCAAAUUUCUUUGGAAAGAGGGGGAUUAGUUGGCAUAUAUCCUGUUUAAUUACCCAGAGGAGUGACCCUGAAGCAACAGCUAGCACCUUCCCAGACCAUUACGACUUGAACACCUUUAUCCAUAUCCUCGAGAAUGGAAAUCAAGGUUGGUUUUCUGUUGCUCAUAUCAUUAUGCACCUCCUUCCAACUCUGUCAGAGCAAUUUCCAAACCUUCAAGAGAUCUUCCUAAAGACAGACAAUGCUGGAUGCUACCACUGUACACCAUUAAUUUCAUUUGUCAGUCAGAAUUACUGCCAUUUUCCUAUUACCAUCAAAGAGUUCAACUUCAGUGAAGCGCAAUCUGGGAAAGAUCUUUGUGACAGCAAAACUGGUUCCUGUCGAAUGCAUGUGGCCCGAUAUCUGGAUGAAGGAAAUGAUGUUCUGUCUGCCUCAGACUUGAAGAGAGCUUUAGAAAGCAAUCAUGGAUUGAAAGGAACUAAAGCCUGUGUUAUCUCCAUUGACAAUGCAGAGGAACCAAAAAUAAAAUCCAAAAUCCCUCAAGUCAGCCUUCUGAACAACUUCGAAUUUAACAUGGAUUCAAUAAUUGGGAGAAAGGCAUACCAGGUUGGUUGUGGAAGACUCAUUGAGACAAAACCCCUGAAAAAUCAACAUCUUGAUGUGAGAGAAAUGAAAGGUUUCCAGGUUUUAGAAGAAUUUCCGUCACAUGCAGUUGAUACUGGACAAGUUUGUGUGAGAAAAAGAAACCCUAACAACAGAAGUGAAGCUGUCGAUGAGCAGGACCAGGAUCAGACACAACUGGAUAAUGAAUUGUAUGCCUGUCCAGAUCCCUCUUGUCAGAAACAAUAUCUGAGGUCUGCCAAUCUCGAGAAACAUCUUGCUCUGGGGAACCACCUGUACAGAAAAGCAGAGGAAACUGGGAUUGAUUCUGGAAUAAGAAUCUGGGCUGAGAAGUGUUCGGCCAUUCGCGACAAAUACACUCACAUCUGUGAAACAGUAACCUCUCACAGUGAUGAUACCUGUUCCCAAAGUUCAGGAGGGUGGGCAUUAAAAUCUGUAAGUAAAUGCCUCAGGUUCUCGCUAAAUGUAAAAGACUAUGUAAAGCAGAUUUUUGAAAACUGUGAGAAGACAGGAAAACGCCCUAACUACGCAGCCUUAAGUGGAGAACUUAAAAAAGCUUCUGAUGAAAAUGGUUGUCGCCUCUUCAGGCCACAUGAGUGGCUGACUGCAAAUCAGCUAAGAAACUUGUUUGCAUCUUACAUAAAUAAUAAGAAGAAACAGUGCAAAGUCAGAGAGAGACGUACAGAUUUUUCAGUUGAAUUAGUGGAUACAGAGAGCAUUGUGAAUGAUGAACAUCUCCAAGAAAUUGUCAUGAAUCUCAAGGCAGAAGAACAUCAUCAGACUUUAUCAGCUAUGUAUGAAAAUGUGUUGAAUGCUGUAAAUACAUAA